UCUAUCUCUCUCGUCAGAUUUCUUUUUCUGAUUCCUCUCUCUCUCUCUCUUCUACACGACUCUCUCUCUCUCUCUCUCUCUCUCUCUGUAUAUAUAAAUCUCGGCUUUCUCCUCCUCGCUUAUCUUUUCUUCGUCUGACUCUUCUGUCUCUAGUUUGCCCUUUCUUCUAAAUUUGUAGCCGCCUCUUGGAGGAGCCUAACCUCCGUACUGCUUCUCUCCAGGUCGCUGAGGCGUUGUUCGAAGUUAGAUCUGAACCAAAAUGAAAGCCUUCGCAGCCUGUGAAGAGAUGAGGGGCUCCGUUUCUGUCUCUGUUUCGAUCUCCGACCGUAGAGAGACCGUGGUCUGCCCCAAACCGCGCCGGCUUGGUCUGAUCGGCUCCUGCGUCACAGAUCCGAUCAGGCCCUUGAGAUGGCAUGUCAGUCAUCAAAUGGAGCUCAGUGAAUCCAAGGCAGGAACAGAUCUUCUGGACAUCAUCCUCCCAAAGGGUGGCAAUGGUGUGGAGCAAUCUUCUUAUGCACAGUUAGCCUCGUCGCCCCCAUUUUUUUGCGGGUCACCGCCGAGCAGAGUAUCUAAUCCAUUAAUUCAGGAUGCUCGAUUCGGGGACGAGAAGAUCAACCUGGUCUCACCCCGGUCAAUUCCGAUCCCGAUCCCCCCUGGGUUGUCGUCGUCCCCAACUUCCUCCUCCAGGAAAGGAGGACGCGUGCGGGCCAAUUUUGGGAACAACCCGGCUGUGAGGGUCGAGGGGUUCGACUGCCUGGAAAGGGAUAGGCGAAACUGCAGUAUCCCUGCCCUGGCCUAGAGAAGAAGAAAUCAAAUCCUCAAACCCAGAGUAUAUAUAGCAAGCAAAAUUUGAAGGUGGAAAACGAUCUUGAUGUAACAGAUGAGUUUUGGGACAUUUUCAGUGAGGAGAGAAAGUUGGAUCCUUUGUUUGAUGUAAAUAGAUGGAGGUUGAAGAAAAGGGUCUGUUUGUAAGUAAAGUGUCUGUCGUCUGUAAGUAACUGGUCAGGUGUUGUUAACCAAGCAAGCAAAUAAUGAGGCUGUUAGUACUUAGUAGGAGGUUCUUCUAUUUAUAUGGUUUUAGGAGCAAUGGACAGCCCCUCUUAUGAUGUAAUUAAGUAUGAGAGUGGAGGGGCAAUUUUAAGAUAAUUUAACCAUUUUGCGGUCUGUCAGUCCUCCCAAGGAUAAGUUGUAAAAGCGAGCCGGUGACUUUGGACAUUUGUUAUCUCUGUGAAUAUAUCAUCAUCUUGAAGGUUUUGAUUCGUCUUUUAA